UGGGGAGCCGCUGCGUGAAACGGAGCCCAAGCAGAGCAGUUCAGAUUGAGUUUCCGGCGGUGUUGGCCGACAUGACGGAACAAAUUUCGUUGUAAUUUUCACUGACAAAGCUACGCGUUUCUUAGCGGUGUUUUAUUGUUUUGACUCACGCGUGUUUUGCUGUUUUCUGUGUGUUGUUAUGUGUUUGUUGUAUGCGGACACGGGCGAAUGCGCAUGCGAGUGAAGUCAAAUAAACAAAUAGCAGGAGGCGACCGCGGCAAGCAAAGUGCGCGUCCCUUACAGCAGUCAACUUGCGUACAUGACUGAUAGUUAGACGGAUGCGCAGCGCACACGAUGGCAAAUUUGUAUUUAGCGUAAAGAAAUUUCAGUAAAUAACGGAAAAAGCGCACAAGAAGUGCGACGAAGUGAAGUAAGAUAAAAAUAAAUAAAUAAAAAUAAAAAUCAGUGGCAACUUCGAAAAAAGUGUGAAAAAGUGAUAAACGGAAAAGUGGCAAAAAAGUGUUUUGUGCAAAAAAAAAAACUUGACAAUUGUUGGUGUUGUGUGAAGCAGCGGCUAGCGUAUGGCUGUGAUGUGGCAAGCGUCAUUAUAAGCAACCAACAACAACAACAACAAAGGCAGCAGCAAUCAUAAAUGUUGCAUUUGCAUGUCAACAGCGCUGCGCCGCUUUGACAGUUAAUUUCGCGCUGUGUCUCAAAGAAGUUGCAGCAGCAGCAGCCGGAACAACAACAAUAACAUUAUAAUUAAUAUAUGUUGUUGUUGUGGUGAAACUUUUCCAACACACACACAGCACAAAGGUGUGUUGACACGCCCAAACUAACCGUUUACAAAAGCGUUGAGCGCCAAAUAGCGGUGGCGCAGCUGCAACGCCUGCAAUUUAGUUUAAAACUAGCGGUGUAUUAGUGCUUACAACAACAAUAAUAAUUUUUUUGCCGGCACACUAAACCAAAGUGCAUAUAUAACUAUCUUAUACAUACAUAUAUAAGUAGCUAGUGAUCGCAACAGCAACAACAACAAUAAUUAGUUGCUCAUUGCAGCAGCAAAUGCGCCGACGCCGACAGCAGCGCAACCUCAACUGUCAUUAGUUGACGUUUUAAUUGCGGCUUCGAUUUGCAUUUUAACUUAGCAAUACAAUAGCGUUAAACAGCAACGACAACAAGAAUAACAACAACAACAACAAGCGUUGCAAAAAACCCAUACUUGUUUCCUUCAGCAUUGUCUGUGCGCACACGAAAGCGAAACGAAGUAUUAAACAAAGAAAAGUGUAAAAAUUAUAUGCUAUAUUGCUGGUGUUGUUGCCGCUAACUGCAAUUCAUCAGCAACACACACACAUAUGCGUGUAUACAUGCAUGUAGCUGCUCAGCUGUAGCGCUAAAAAGUGCUUUAACGCUUGUUUUUGUAUAGCAAAUGAUAAACAAAAAAGUUUGAAAAUAAAAGUUAGCUGGGUGCUAAACAGUUAUGACAAAAAUCGCCAAAUAUAACGGUACUAAUUUGUAAUAAUAAACAGGCGUUCAAAACACAAAUACUCGCACAAUAUAAAAAUACUAAAGAAGAAUACUCAGCUAUUUACUAAAAAAACAGUACUGAAGAAGAUUACGCGAGUGGCUGCUAGACAAAAAGAGUGCUCUCAAAAUUUAACGGUACUAACAUAGGAUACUCAAGUUUUACCAGAAAAUACGGUGAUUAUAACGGUACUAAGGUCGCUAUAUAAUACGAGUGAAAGUAAAUAAAUAAUUUAAAAUAAAAUUAAAAAACCAAACGUAACGGAACCAAAAAAUACAAUAUUCAUAAAUCACAACCCUAAAAAAUUUUGAAAAAAAGUAAAAAAAAAAAUACAGGCUGAUUGAAACAACAGCUGAAAAUUAAGCAAAUUAAAAAUUAACUUGCCGCUCCUGCCGCAAAUUUUAGUCAAUAUACCAAAAACACAAAAAAACAUAACAACAACAACCAAAAUGAAUUGCGUCGCAAUACCACCACCGGAAGAGAAGCAGCAACCGACACUGCAAAUAAUGCACAACGAACUGGUAUUGCCAUCGCCGCACGCCCAACCGGAUGUCAACAACUGCAGCAACAGCAGCGGCAACACAUCAAAAACGCAAUCACUGCAGCGUACCACACACCUGUAUUGUCGCUCGUUGGAGAAGGAACGCGGCGAUCGACGCACUUCAUCGCGCGGUUUAGCUUCGUGUUUGCGCGGCGAACGCGAUGAGUUCGUCGGUGAUUAUCGUGAGUUGCGUCCGCGUGCGCAACAAAUUGAUUUGCUGCCGACAGUUAUGAUUAGUCAUGGUGGUGCGGAUAAUGUUGCCGUCGCUGCAACGUCUGGUGUUGGCAAUAACGGAGCUAUGGAGUCGCAUGCCGAUGCGAGUGGCAGGUGUGAGUACAAAUCGAAAACCCUGCCACGCAUCCAUUUCGAUACUUCCAUUAAUGAUACGUCAUUAAAUGAAGGUAAAUUAUUAGUGUAA